AUGUUUUACUGGCGCAGGGUUAGAGUGACUGUCUACUCGGAUUGGCUGCAAGCCCAGUCAGCAAGCCGUUGCUCCACGCAGAUUGGCCAGGGAGGGGUGAGCGUGGGGUCCCUGGGGGGUACUGUCCCCGCGCAGGCGCUGCUGCCCCUGCUGGCCGCCCUGCCCGGGGCGUUGCCCCGCAGCCCUGACCUGCUGCUGCUGGACGGUCUGGAGCACUACGUGGCUGCCUGCCCCUGCUCGCGGGGGGCCGCCCGCCUCGCUGCCCUGCUGGUGGACACCGCUGUGGCCUGUGCCACCUGCCCGCACGCCCCGGGUCUCGGCUGCCAGCUCAUCGCCUCGGUCUGCAGUCCCGGGACCCCCGACGCUGCCCAGCGCCUGGCCGCCCUCGUCCGUUACUUCCCGGCCCGCUGUCGGCUCAGCCCUGCUCCGGGGGAGGAGGGUCCCGGGCAGGCAUGGAUGGCCCACUUGUGCCAGGCAGGGGCCCCCAGCCACACCUGGACGAUCCUCUUCAGCCCCCAUGGGGAGCUGAGCAUGGCCCCAGCACCUGGAGAGGAGGCCCUGGGGCUGGGGGGCAGCUGGGGGGAGGGAAGGGAGCACAACCGGCAGCCAGCAGGGGAGGUUUGAGGCUCAACCCCUGUCUCCCGGAUCCUGCCCCUGAGCUGGCUGGUUCUGUGGAGCUGGGGUUGGGGGGGGUUGGGGGGGGUUACAGCUGGAGCUGGAUGUUAGGGUUAUAGCACCCAUGUGUGCCCAGCUCUGGGGACACCAGAGCUGCUCCCAGACCAGCUGGGAGUGGAGGUGGGGGGCUUUUGGGCUGGAAGCUGUAUGUAGAGCCCCAUCUCUUCCCUGAGCUGAAGGAACCUAGGCAUUCGAGUUCCCAGCCCCCAGGCUCUCCCCACUCUUACCCGUCCACACCACAGGGAUCCAGUGUGGUUGUCAGAGUGCCAUGGCUCUAACCUGGCUGGGGCUGACCCUGGGCUGUGGGGAUGGGGAAAAGAGGGCAGCUGCAGGUUUCCCCCCCCCCUCCCCCCAGCAGCCUGAUGGGCCCCUGAGAGAGAGGAAGGGCUGGGCCUGAGGGCCCUGAUCCCUGCAGUGUCCCUGCCUAGGCUGGGGCUGGGCCUCCCCAGAUGGGGCCUGGUGAUAAGGCCCCAGCGAUCUGCGCCCUGCAGAUAAGUGCUAUCAGCAGGGAGAGGCCUCCUGGGUCGAACGGUUCUGAGGAUGGAGGAGGGGCCCACAGUCAUGCCAGUGACCACCACCCUCCCAGAGCUGGAGGAAACCCAGGCAUCCAGGCUCCCAUCCCCUACUUAGCCCAACAGCCCCCUGCAUCCUCUCCCAGAGCUGUAGGGAACCCAGGAAUCCCAGUUCAAAGCUGCUGCUUAACCCC